UUCUUGUCAGGAAGGGUUAGAACUAGAGUCGAGGAAGGCUGUUUUCUCCUCCGCUAAAAAAAAUACCGUAUACUAACGGGGGAAACUGUGGAAUUAACUUCGCACCGCUUUUCUUCGGGAUAUUUAUACUUUUUUGGGACGUUUUGGAAUUAAUAUACAACAUCUGAUACUCACGAAGCUUUUAGAGAAAGCGCACCGACUUGGUCGACGCGUCUAAUGUACAAAACGAAACGGAAGUAACUUGCCAGCUGUCUGGCCAAGCUUGGUAGGGUCUGAAUGCCAACUUUGUACGCGAUGGAGUUGGGCAGGCAACUCUGUUUGAAGAUGAGGAAACCUAGGAAACCCCAGACUUCUUCCUCACCUGCUUCCAUUAAAGGCCUGGAAAUCCACUUUUACAGACCUGACAUUGACCCACUGAAAUACCCAAAAGGCCACUACACUGCUGAGAACCUCUGCGUGGACGCUGCCAAGAAAUGCUCUAUCUCUCCCCUGUGCCAUAACCUAUUUGCCCUGUACGAUGAGCUCACUGGCACUUGGUAUCCCCCAAACUACGAGUUCGAGGUCACAGAUGAAACCAGUAUCAAGUUCCACUAUCGCAUGAGGUUUUAUUUCAGAAACUGGCAUAGCUCCAUUGAAGGAGAGCCGUAUGUCUGGAGGCACUGCAUCAGUAAACUCAAAGGAAACAGCCCACAGAAAAUACCAGAGGGAACACCGUUACUGGAUGCUGACUCCUUGACUUACCUGUUUACUCAGAGCCAAAAUGACUUUCAGACUGGCAUAGUUCCACUCAGGAGCCCCCAGUCAGAGGCAGAGCAACAUGAGAUAGAAAACGAGUGUUUGGGCAUGGCUGUGCUUGCAAUCACUCACUACGCCAUGAACGAGAAAAUGCCUCUGUCCACUGCUUCCCAUGAAAUCAGCUACAAACGUUUCAUCCCAGAUUCGCUGAACCGCAACAUUAAGCAGCGUAACAUUCUGACACGGAUCCGCAUCAACAACGUGUUCAAGAAAUUCCUCACUGAAUUCAACAGUCGCACAGUAAAGGACAGCAACAUCACGACAUACGACCUGAAGAUCAAGUACCUGGCCACGUUGGAGGGCCUGGUCAGCAGCAUGGGCAGCGAGGUUUUUGAGCCUUCUUCACUUAGUGUAAUUCAGGAGGGAGACUUCUGCAAUGGAAGUUACUACGGAUAUUAUAAUCAGAGUCUAGGACACACUCAGAGUCAGAACAUGGAGGCAAGCCGUGACAUGCAGGUCCUGGUUACCGGCACCACUGGUAUUUCCUGGAGGAAGAAACCCGCUACAUCGUCUGUGGCCUGUAGAGAAAAAGGAAAGUCAAAGAAGAACAAACAUGAUGCAAAACAGAAGACUGACAAAAAGAAAGAUGCAAACGAAGGCUGGGUGGUCUUCUGUGACUUCCAUGAGAUCACGCAUACUGUCAUCAAAGAGGCGAUGGUCACCAUCUAUAAACAGGACAACAAGAAGAUGGAGCUGCUGUUGGAUACAAGGGCAGAGGCUCUGUCCUUUGCAGCCCUUGUGGACGGGUACUUCAGGCUGACUGUGGAUGCCCAUCACUACCUGUGCAAGGAGGUGGCUCCUGCUUCAGUGGUACACAACAUCACCAAUGGUUGCCACGGACCCAUCAGUACGGAGUACGCCGUCCAAAAGCUGCGCCAGGAGGGCAAUGAGGAGGGCGCCUACAUCCUGCGCUGGAGCUGUACUGAAUACCAGUACAUCAUCAUCACUGUGGUUUGCAGUGAGAUUGACUUGAGGGAGUCUCGUCCUGUGCGCCAAUACAAGAACUUCCAGAUUGAGGUUACCCCCAGUUCCUUCACUCUGCACGGCACAGAUACAUCACAAUCCACUCUCAAGGAGCUGCUUGAGCACCUGGAGGGCCAGAAUCUGCGUAGCGACAACCUUCAGUUCCAGUUGGUCCGCUGCUGCCCCCCACAGCCAAGAGAGAUUUCAAAUCUCCUUGUGGCCACCAAAAACAGAGCAACAGCCCCUAAGAGACACAUGCCCGGCAAUCAAGUCAGCUUCCCACGCAUUCUCAAAGAGGACAUUGAACAGGAGGAGCACCUGGGUAUAGGUACAAAAACCAACAUUUACUCGGGCACUCUGAAGGUGAAGGGUGAGGAGGAGGAGGAUGCAGGAUAUACAUCCUUCCAGGAAGUCAAAGUGGUCCUAAAGGUGCUGGGUUCUGGACACAGGGACAUCUCCAUGGCUUUUUUUGAAACGGCCAGUAAGAUGCAACAAGUGUCCCAUAAACAUAUUGUGCUGCUCUAUGGAGUGUGUGUCCACCACCAGGAGAAUAUCAUGGUGGAGGAGUUUGUCCAGCUAGGACCACUGGAUGUGUUUAUGAGGAGACAACAGACUCCACUCAGCACAUCGUGGAAGUUCCAGGUGGCCUUGCAGUUGGCAUCAGCCCUCAGUUACUUGGAGGACAAAAAGCUGGUCCAUGGCUUUGUGUGUGCUAAGAACAUACUGCUGGCCAGAGACGGACUCGGUAAUGAUGAAGGAGGGCCUUUCAUUAAGCUCAGCGACCCAGGAAUACCAAUCACAGUGCUCACUAGAGAGGAGUGUGUGCAUCGUAUCCCGUGGAUCGCUCCAGAGUGUGUGAGGAAUGCCUCGUCACUGGGUGUCGCAGCUGACAAAUGGGGAUUUGGUACUACUCUGUGGGAGAUUUGCUAUGAUGGCGAGGUUCCCCUCAAAGACAAGAAGCUUACAGAGAAGGAGAGAUUUUAUGAAACGGAGUGCCAACUGGCCACCCCGGACUGCACAGAGCUAGCUGAACUCAUGACCCACUGCAUGAACUAUGACCCCAAGAAGAGACCUUUCUUCAGGGCUAUUGUCAGAGAGAUGGAUCAGCUCAUAGAAAAAAACCCUUCUAUCAAACCCCAGCCAACACCAGAUGUUGACCCCACCAUGUUCGAAAAGAGAUUCCUCAGGAAGAUCAGAGAUCUGGGAGAGGGUCACUUUGGUAAGGUGGAGCUAUGCCGCUACGACCCUAGGGGGGACCGAACGGGCGAGCUGGUGGCUGUGAAGUCGCUGAAGCCCGAGAACCGAGAAGAGCAGAGCAACAACCUCUCCAGAGAGAUCGACAUCCUGAAGGAUCUCUACCAUGAAAACAUAGUCAAAUAUAAGGGCAUUUCCCAAGAAGAAGGUGGUCAGGCUAUUAAGCUGAUCAUGGAGUAUCUUCCACUGGGCAGCUUGAAGGAGUAUCUGCCCAGAAACAGAGCCAGGAUCAGCAUCCCCACCUUGCUCAGCUACUCUGUGCAGAUAUGCAAGGGAAUGGACUAUUUGGGAUCUCAAAAUUACAUCCACCGUGACCUGGCUGCCCGAAACGUGCUGAUGGAGAACGAGACGACUGUGAAGAUUGGUGACUUUGGCCUCACGAAGAGCAUCAAAGAUACCGAAGGUUAUUACACAGUCAAGGACGAGAAUGACAGCCCUGUUUUCUGGUAUGCUCCAGAGUGUCUGACUCUCUGUAAGUUUUACCUCGCUUCAGAUGUUUGGUCCUUUGGGGUGACGAUGUAUGAACUCCUCACUUACUGCGACUCUGCCAAGAGCCCGAUGAAUUGCUUCCUUGAAAUGAUCGGUAAAACUCAUGGUCAGAUGACUAUCAUCCGAUUGGUGAAGGUGUUGCAAGAAGGAAAGAGGCUGCCGUGUCCUAAAGACUGUCCUGACUCUGUGUAUGAGCUGAUGCGAAGAUGCUGGGAGCAGUCACCCGAGAGGAGGAUCACCUUCAAGCGCCUGAUCGAGGAGCUCACCACCGCUCAACAGCUCGCCCAACAGCAGCAGCAGCAACAAAACAGCCAACCAACUUUCUGAGGCGCUUGCAGUGAAGCUGACUUUGCUUGCCAGUCUGGAUGCAAAAGGAGAUCCUGACCCCCGCCCCUCCUUCAGAUCAGCAUCCGCUUGUGCAGCUUUAUUGUAAAGUCACGCUCCUUCAUACUCACGUUUAAACGUUUAACUACCAUGGCAUAGUCUGCUAUAUUUUUUAAGGUUUUUAUUUCACAUAUAUUCAGAUUUUCUGUUUUCAGUUAAGAGUAUUAGAAAAAUAUUUUAGCCCUAUUCUAUACUACAUGACCUGAUCGCUUACUUCCAGCUGUCUUGAAUAUUAUAAUAAACGAUUUGCACUGUCUUGUGGCCCAAAGACCUUCGAAUUAUGCAGGACUCUUGAUGAUGGACAAUGGAAAGAUUUUUAAAAAAAGCCAAGGAAGGGACUCUUUUAUGCCUGCAUUUAAUGGUUACAUCACAGCCUUGUUUGGGAUGGAUAGCUGGCAAAAUCACGCUAGAAGCUCACAUGGAUGGAUGGAUGGAUGGAUGGAUGGAUGGGAUAAAGAAGAUGGAACAUAACCACAGAUAUCCAAGCUGUGGCUUCAGAGUUUUGUGCCACUGCUGUUUUGUUUUAUGGACUCCUCUUUUUGGGAGAAACUUGCCAGAUUUGAGCCUAGGAAUUAUGUGUGAUAAAUAUCUGGAUUUGCUGUUCGUGAUGUGCACAUGCAGUCACAGAGAAGUGGCAUGUCAUUAGAGCCAGUAGUCAGUCAGCAUUUUUCCUUCCACCCCACUGUUGUGACUGUUUUACAGAUUCAAUAUUUGCACGGUUAAAAACCAUCAGUUCUUACUUGUAAUUUCAUGUUUUUUUCCUGAUUAACAAAAAAAUUAAACAAAAUCUUUUGAGUGUUUUGGGAAUUUUGUGGACCAUUUGAAAAAAUGCAAGCACUGCGUUUGCACAAGAACAGAAAAUCUGAUAUUUUUUGUGUUCUUUCGAUGUUAUGUAAUGGAUGGAUCGGUUAUAUCUUAACAGUCGAAUGUUAUUUGUGAGUACAAUACUUGCGAGAGGCACUUGAGGGCAGUACAACUAUACUUUUCCUUUUCUCUGAUGUUAUUGGGCUUUUAGUCUGAACCACAAAUAUUAUAUAUCAAAUACAUAGACUCAUUUUGGAGCCAAUUCUCACUACUGUGGAUUGUCUGUGAAGGAAGUUUAGAUGAUGUAACAAAAGCAAAAGUGGUGAUUUUAUACAUUGUGUGCAUGCCUCCCCCCCCAAUUUGCUAAAAAAGUAUAAUUUCUCCAACAGUCAUAUCGUCUGUGCAUUUUCCAGUGUAUACGUGCAUUUAUCCAUGUGUAUGUUGUAUCAUUUGAGCAGAGGGCUUUAGAUAUGCAGCCAGAAACUUUGCGCUCAGUCAUGUAUAACAACCCCAGAAACAGCAGAGUCUACAUAGAGGCGACAACAACAGGAGAGGGAUGUGCUUCAGCCCACAUUUUAUUUAGGAAUGUAAAAGACAAUUCCUUCUGCUCUAAAUAAGAGAAAAGAAAUAUAUAUUUUUCAAAAAAAAAAAAGAUGUAAGUAUGACUUAUGGAAUUUAAAAUGAUCCAUAAAUACACCAUGAAAAAAUAAAUAAAAUCAAUGUU